CGAUUGUCGACUUGGAAGACAUGCCAAUAUGGAAAUGACCGACUUUAACUGGUUGAACGGCAAUUGGGCUUCAGAUCUCGAUUUUUUGACUUCUGAUAGCCCCAGAGCCGGCACAGUUGCCGAACCAGCCAGCCAAGCCGGCGAACGAGUCGACCAAACAGGUUCCGAACAUGCAUUACCACUUCUCCGACUAAGUGGUUGGGAAGCAGACAAGCAAUAUGAUAAGAAUAACCCUAUCUCCCAGCGUGAAAAUAUUAGAGCUAGGAAUGUUUAUUCGAAUAUAGAUCCCGAUCUUGUCCUAGCUCCGAGCGAUUUUUGGAAGAUUAAAUUCAAGGCACGACUUAAAAGCCUUUUAUAA